AUGACUACUACUAAUAUGAAGACGAUGAGAACUACGACUAAUACGACGAUAGUAACUACUACUACAACAACUACUACUACUACUACUACUACUACUACUACUACUACUACUACUACUACUACUACUACUACUACUACUACUACUACUACUACUACUACUACUACUACUACUACUACUACUACUACUACUACUACUACUACUACUACUACUACUACUACUACUACUACUACUACUACUACUACUACUACUACUACUACUACUACUACUACUACUACUACUACUACUACUACUACUACUACUACUACUACUACUACUACUACUACUACUACUACUACUACUACUACUACUACUACUACUACUACUACUACUACUACUACUACUACUACUACUACUACUACUACUACUACUACUACUACUACUACUACUACUACUACUACUACUACUACUACUACUACUACUACUACUACUACUACUACUACUACUACUACUACUACUACUACUACUACUACUACUACUACUACUACUACUACUACUACUACUACUACUACUACUACUACUACUCCUACUACUACUACUACUACUACUACUACUACUACUACUACUACUACUACUACUACUACUACUACUACUACUACUACUACUACUACUACUACUACUACUACUACUACUACUACUACUACUACUACUACUACUACUACUACUACUACUACUACUACUACUACUACUACUACUACUACUACUACUACUACUACUACUACUACUACUACUACUACUACUACUACUACUACUACUACUACUACUACUACUACUACUACUACUACUACUACUACUACUACUACUACUACUACUACUACUACUACUACUACUACUACUACUACUACUACUACUACUACUACUACUACUACUACUACUACUACUACUACUACUACUACUACUACUACUACUACUACUACUACUACUACUACUACUACUACUACUACUACUACUACUACUACUACUACUACUACUACUACUACUACUACUACUACUACUACUACUACUACUACUACUACUACUACUACUACUACUACUACUACUACUACUACUACUACUACUACUACUACUACUACUACUACUACUACUACUACUACUACUACUACUACUACUACUACUACUACUACUACUACUACUACUACUACUACUACUACUACUACUACUACUACUACUACUACUACUACUACUACUACUACUACUACUACUACUACUACUACUACUACUACUACUACUACUACUACUACUACUACUACUACUACUACUACUACUACUACUACUACUACUACUACUACUACUACUACUACUACUACUACUACUACUACUACUACUACUACUACUACUACUACUACUACUACUACUACUACUACUACUACUACUACUACUACUACUACUACUACUACUACUACUACUACUACUACUACUACUACUACUACUACUGUGGUGAAUGACAACACACGAGACGGAACAAUCAAAUGUAUUUGA